GAAAACCAAAGCAAAGAGAGAGGGGAAUUUGAUUCGAUACGUGUUUCGCCUUGGGAGAUUCAACGACACCCACAAUCCCCAAAGCAAAUGAAGAAGACCGAAGAAUAUUUUGUAGCCGAGAACCAACUCAAUCCAACCGACCCUUCGACAGUGUUUCUGCUUCCUUCCUAUUCGUGUCUUCUUCUCACAUCCUCCACGUCUCUUCCCAUGGCCGCUUUUCAAUUUCCCUCGCCGUACCGACUUCACUAUCAACCCUUUGUUCAUUCCUUCAAAAUCCCAUUUCCCCAACAACCCAUUUGCGCAAAUUUGAGUUUUCAUUAGCUAUGAGGCUGUAUGUGUAUGUAUUGGAGGCCAAAGACCUCGAUGUGAAGGACUCGUAUGUGAAGCUUCGAGUUGGGAGGCGUAAGGCCAAGACGAGGAUUAUGAGAAAUUGCUCUAAUCCUGUUUGGAAUGAGGAGUUCAUUUUCAAGUUUCGUGAUGUUGAUGAUGAACUAGUUGUGUCUGUUUACGAACACAGUGAUGAGUCCAACUUCUUCCAUGCCUCAUCGGGUUUGAUUGGUCGUGUUCGAAUACCCAUAUGGACUGUUGCUGCUGAGGAUUCGCAAACCUUGCCGCCCACUUGGUUUGAUCUGCGAAGGUCCAAAACCGAAAAAUUCAUCAAUGAAGUUACCGGGAAAGUGCUUCUUAUUGUCUCAUUACAUGGAAAAGGCAACGUACUCAAUCAAUCGAGUGUUACUAAUACUAAUUCUACACCAUUGGAAGGCUCAUCUGCAAUUUCACAGGCUUUGAUUGGUGCCAAAUCUUCAUCCAGCAAAGCUGUCAAAUGGAAGCCUAAUAAGAAGACUAUUGUGAGUCGUUUGGAGAGGUUGUUCCAUAAGAGUGAUGGGGAUACAAGAACAGAUGAUUCUUCAGAGUCAUCAAGUGCCAUGUCUGAUACUGAAGAGCUAACAAAUGGGCAUCCCUCUGAAUCUAACUUUGAUGAAGCUAUUGAGGCAUUGCAGUUGAGGAGCAAUGAACAGGAAAUGCCAGAAAAUCUAUCUGGUGGCGUUCUUGUCGAUCAGGUGUAUGUAGUUUCAACAGGUGAUUUGAACAAGCUUCUGUUUUCUCCAGAUUCACAGUUCAGGAGAGAACUAGCAGAACAUCAGGGAAUAACAAAUUUAGAAGAAGGAACUUGGUCUUGGAAACAAGGGGAUAUACCUUGUCUAUCACGGAUUGUAUCUUACAGGAAACCCCCAACUAAGGUUGUUGGAGCUAUUAAUGCUACUGAGGAGCAAACCUACAUUAAAGGGGAUGGAUGGGAAUUUGCUGUCUUGGUAAAUGUAAGUACACCUGAGGUUCCAUUUGGUAAUGCAUUCAAUGUUGAGUUACUUUACAAGAUAAUACCUGGCCCUGAGCUGAUUUCUGGAGAAGAGACUUCCCAUUUUGUUGUUUCUUGGGGUAUAAACUUCGUCCAUAGUACGAUUAUGAAAGGCAUGAUUGAGAAAGGGGCUCGACAGGGUCUGGAGGAAAAUUUUGUCCAGUUCACUAACUUGCUGGCUCAACAUCUUAAAAUUCCGAAUUCUACUGAGUUAUUGAACAAGGAUCAUGUGUUGUCAACUUCUGAGAAUGACCGUCAUUCAACUUUUGAAUUGGCCAGCCAAUACUUCUGGAACUUCACUGUUUUUUCUACCAUGUUCUUCCUUCUAUACGUUCUUGUGCAUAUUAUUCUUUCUAAGCCCAAAACAAAGCAAGGCUUGGAGUUUACUGGAAUGGAUUUGCCAGAUAGUUUAGGAGAACUUGUUACUAGUGGAAUCUUAGUCCUUCAGUUGGAACGUGUUUAUAACAUGGUCUCACAUUUCGUUCAAGCUAGGUUAAAAAGAGGAGGUGACCAUGGAGUCAAAGGUCGAGGAGAUGGAUGGAUCCUAACCAUAGCUCUUAUAGAAGGAGUGAACAUUUCAUCCUUGGAUUCUUCUGGAUCCUCAGACCCUUGUGUGGUUUUCACAUGCAAUGGUAAAAAAAGAACUAGCUCCGUUGAGCUUCAAACUCAUGAGCCUCAAUGGAACGAGAUACUGGAAUUCGAUGCCAUGAAGGAACCACCAUCAGUAUUAUUUGUGGAGGUUUUUGACUUUGAUGGUCCAUUUGACCAGGCUACUUCACUUGGGCAUGCAGAGAUUAAUUUCCUAAAAUAUAAAUCAACCGAACUUGCAGAUAUAUGGGUUUCCCUUGAGGGGAAGCUUGCUCAGUCUUCUCAGUCGAAGCUACACUUGAGAAUCUUCUUAGAUAAUACCGAUGGAGUUGAAACAAUAAGACAAUACUUGUCUAUGAAGGGAAAGGAGGUUGGGAAGAAGCUGCAUCCCAGGUCACCUUACAGGAACUCAGCAUUUCAAAAACUUUUCAGUUUGCCAACAGAAGAGUUUCUUGUCAGCGACUUCACAUGCUCCUUGAAAAGAAAAAUGCUUCUCCAGGGGAGAUUAUUUCUAUCUGCCAGAGUCAUUGGGUUUUAUGCCAAUUUCUUUGGACAGAAAACAAAAUUUUUCUUUCUCUGGGAGGACAUUGAAGAUAUACAAGUACUCCACCCCUCCCUUUCCUCUCUGGGUAGCCCAUCAUUAGUCAUAAUUCUUAAACAAGGUCGGGGUCUUGAAGCAAGCCACGGUGCAAAGUCUCAAGAUGAACAGGGCAGGCUCAAAUUUUACCUCCAAUCAUUUGUCUCAUUCAAUGUAGCCAGCAGGACAAUUAUGGGUAUGUGGAAAACAAGGACAUUGGCCCUCGAUCAGAAAGCGCAAGUUGCUGAAACGUCAAAUGAUUCCGAAGAAAGGUCAGUUUUGGUGGAGGAUGUGGAAUGUUUUUUGGAUGUAGAAGAUACAAAGAUGUCAAAGUUGUAUGUUGCAGAACUUCCUCUAAAUGUAAAAUCAUUGAUGGAGUUUUUUGAAGGUGGCAAGCUAGAGCACAGGGUGAUGGAAAAAUCUGGUUGUCUAAACUACAUGACGACGCCAUGGGAAUUCGUGAAACCCAAUAUCCUUGAAAGACGCAUUUCUUACCAGUUCAAUCACGACAUAUCAAUCUUUGAAGGUAAAGUCACAUGCAUUCAGCAAAAAUUCCCCAUGACAGGAGCAGACGCAGGCAGUGAUGAAGAAGAAUGGGUAUUAAACGAGGUCAUGAGCUUGCACGAUGUCCCGUUUGGUGACUGUUUUCGUAUUCAUUUUAGGUACUGUUUUGAGGAUUCUGAGCUAGCUAAAAAUGCUUGCAAAUGCAAGGCUUUCUAUGGAAUCACUUGGCUUAAAAGCACUGAGCUUCAGCAGAAGAUCACCCAGAACAUAGCUGACGAGUUUGGCAAUCGACUUAAAGUCAUUUUUGAACUGAUUGAGAGGGAGAUUCUUUUUGCAACCCAACAAAAUUCUAUUACUUAAAUCUGUUUUAUUUUCACCCCCAACUAUCUAAUCUAAGUUCAGCUUGGAAUUAUUGUAAUUGUGAGUAAGUUAAAAGAUUUUAAUAUUAAAAAAAAAAAAAAAGAAGGAAAAAGGAAAAAAAAGUAUUUAGUGAUCUAGAGCUAUAGUAAUGAAUACAUUUGAAAAUAAGUAUUUAAUUGUUUACAAGUUUUUAUAAAUAUAUAAAUAAAUAUGAUUUAAACUUAAUUUUUGUUAUCAAAGAAUUUUAGAAGUAGAUAAAAAGUUAUAAAAUAUUAUUGAUCAAGUUUUAAAAAUUCUCUUUCUUUCAUUCUUGAUUUAUUUUGGAAAAUUGUGAUACGUACUAAAUUUUAGACUGGAAUUGAAAAAAUAGCAAUAUUCAGGUUUCUCUAGGAAAAUGGUAAACACUCUAGGACUCAAGAAUUUGACUCGAGUUUAUGAACCAUUGGUUCGGGUAAGGUCGUUGGUUCGUAUUAGCACAGGCAACAAACAAGUCGAUUUUUUUUAAAGAGAUUUAUCAUCGUCUAAAGGUGGCUCAUUGAGUCGGUCAUUGGUUGUUAAAGAGUCUUUCCUCGCUUUAGAAGAUGAUUGAUUGUUGUAUAUUUAUAUUGGACUUUCGAUUUUGACGUUGUUUUUUCUUUUUUCAGUAUAUAUAAUUCAAUGUCUCAGCGAGGGAGACAGGGAGAAGAGAGACUAAAUUUAAUUGAUCUUUAUUUUUUAUUAUCUUUAAUUUGCUCUCAUCCGUCUAAAGAACUGCUUAUUUAACU